AUGGCGGCCCGGCGGCUCCGCGGCGCCCUCCAGCUCGGGGCGCGGCAGCGGCUGCGGGCCGCGACGGCCCCGCCCGGCAGGCACACGGCCCUGUGUGGCCUCCGGCUCAGCCGGCUCAGCCGGCCGGCGAGCGGCGCCGAGUGGGAUCUCCAAACCCAGCCCAGCCGGUCCUUCCUCAACCUCACCAACAAGCGGAAGGAGUACUCGGAGCGGCGCAUCAUCGGGUACUCCAUGCAGGAGAUGUACGACGUGGUCUCCAACGUGGAGGACUACAAGAACUUCGUGCCCUGGUGCAAGAAGUCGGUGGUGGUCUCCAAGCGGACGGGCCACGUCAAGGCCCAGCUGGAGGUGGGCUUCCCGCCCGUGGUGGAGCGCUACACCUCCAUCGUCACCCUCGUCCGCCCCCACCUCGUCAAGGCCGUCUGCACCGACGGGCGCCUCUUCAACCACCUGGAGACGAACUGGCGCUUCAGCCCCGGCAUCCCCGGCUACCCCCGUACCAGCACCGUGGAUUUCUCGAUCUCCUUUGAGUUCCGCUCCCUGCUGCACUCCCAGCUGGCCACCGUCUUCUUCGACGAGGUGGUCAAGCAGAUGGUAGCAGCCUUUGAGCGCCGGGCAGCCAAGAACUUCGGUCCCGAAACCCGCAUCCCCAGGGAGCUCAUGUUCCACGAGGUCCACCAGACGUGAGGGCGGCCUGGCCACCGCGGACUGUGCCAGGGCCCCGGGGCUGCCUGCCCUGCGCCCACCC